GUCUGUCUACAAAUUAAAAUACUGUGCAAUACGAAGUUUGGGGUCUUUUUCCUUGUUUCUUUUGCGUCUUCUGAACAUGGAAGCAAUAAUUUUUCCGCAAAACAGAGGCCCAAUUCCAUCGCAGCCUCUACCGAGGCAAACUAACAGGCUGAACAAGUCCCGUAUUUUUGCAGUGCUCACUAAGCCUACGGAGAAUAUUAGUGGAGUGAAGGAGAAGAAAAGUUCAGAUAACCUACCGGGUUUAACAAGCAAAAUAUCUAUCUAUAAAGAUAGCUGGUUUGAUCAACUAGCUAUAAACCAUCUUUCACAGAGUGUUCAAGCUGCGACAGGGCUAAAAAACGACAAGUGUGGUUAUGAAGGCUUGGUGCAGGCAGCUGUGGAUGCAUCGCAGAAAUUUAACAUGAUUCAUCAACGUGAACUCGUGCUUCAAGCGCUUGAUAAAGCCAUCCCGAGACCGAUCCUCGACCUGAUAAAGACGCUGCUGCCCCAAUCUAGAUUUACAAGAGAAUACUUUGCUGCCUUCACUACCUUGUUUUUUGUCUGGCUGAUCGGACCAUGCCAGGUGCGGGAAUCAGAGUUCAAUGGGAGAAAAGAAAAGAAUGUAGUCCAUAUAAAAAAGUGCAGGUUUUUGGAAGAGACUAAUUGUGUUGGGAUGUGUACUAAUCUUUGUAAGGUUCCAACUCAGACCUUCAUUAAGCAAUCCCUCGGGAUGCCAGUCAACAUGGUUCCUAAUUUUGAUGAUAUGAGCUGUGAGAUGGUAUUUGGUCAGGAUCCUCCUAUUCCCACAGAAGAUCCAGCAUUCAGGCAACCAUGCUAUAAACUAUGUAAUGCUUUGCCUCACCCCUUCAGUCCUUCACAUACACACAUGCACAUGCACGCUCAGAAUCGCAAUCCUCAUUCGCCUCCUAAUUUGGUGGAUUAGAAACAGCCUCAUCAGUAUCAUGAAGACUGAAGAGUGCCUGAAGUAGAAAAAAAGAUUGUGAUCAUUAGUAUCAAACUAAUAUAAAAACAGAAAUUUUUUCAUAAAAUCUAACCUGCACAUUUCUUGUUCAUGUUAUUUACAGGUAAAGCAAACCAAAAGCACAUGACGAAAUGCUCCAGCUGACAAGAAGAGAAUCGUUAAUUUGACAACUAAUUCUAAUAUAUUUAAUUUUCUAUAUACAACAAACUUUUGAUAAACAUCUACACAGGGAAACUGAAAGAGGUACCAGUCAGUGCUGCUGCAAUUUCCAUACGAUCAGGUACAAUGAAUUUGAUGAUACUGACACUUUCAACAAGUACGCAUACAUUAUGACAUCGCAGUAAUUUAAUACAUUGAAUGUAAAACUACAGUAACAGUGAACAAUUGCUCAUUAACAGAUAUACACAGUAAUAAUGGCCUAUAUAGUGUGUCUGUCUACUGUUCCAUUCAAUGUGCUUGUCUCUUUCUUCAGUUCUUGUAUAUCCCCCAUAGUUCAAUUGCUUUGACUUUCCAAUAAACUCCAUUGUUUUCCUGAA